CUUUGUUUUGAGUUGAGCUGGAGCUAGAGAGUCAGACCUAAAACAAAAAAGGCAGAGCAAGAGCACAAGCAGCUGCCCCAGGUCGCAGCACCAGCGAAUCUGCGGGAGGCAGGACUGAGAGAACAACUGUUUGUGGAGGAUCUAGGCUCCGUCUUCACUAGCAACGUUAAAGUUCUCCCCGCGCUAUAAAAAACCACCUCCAGGAGGGGAAUAGCUACCAGCGCUGUGCCGCGACUACACAAGCCACGUUAAAGAUUGCUGGGUGAAGACGUUGCCAAUGAAGAUGUGCCCAUAGUAAAGCCUUGACCCUCUUUUGCAGAACAGAAUCUCCCCAGUAUAGACAGAUCCUGAAUUGCAUCCAUAGCACUGUAAAGAAGACACUCAGAAAUCUUUUCUCAAUGAUUCUAUAGUCAACGGAUGUAACAAUGGUACUAAUACUGGGCCGCAGACUGAAUAGAGAGGAUAGCGGGGUCCGUGAUUCCCCUGCAACCAAACGUAAAGUUUUUGAAAUGGACCCAAAGUCCUUAUCAGGUCAUGAGUUUUUUGACUUCUCAUCAGGAUCAUCCCAUGCUGAAAGCAUACUCCAGAUCUUCAAUGAGUUUAGAGACAGCCGCUUGUUCACAGAUGUAAUUAUCUGUGUGGAAGGAAGAGAGUUUCCCUGUCAUCGAGCUGUUCUCUCAGCCUGCAGUAGCUACUUCAGAGCUAUGUUUUGCAAUGAUCACAGAGAAAGCAGAGAAAUGUUGGUGGAGAUCAAUGGCAUUUUUGCUGAAGCUAUGGAUUGCUUUUUACAGUACGUGUAUACUGGCAAGGUGAAAAUCACUACAGAGAAUGUGCAAUAUAUCUUUGAAACCUCAAGUCUCUUUCAAAUUAGUGUUCUGCGUGAUGCUUGUGCCAAGUUCCUGGAAGAGCAGCUGGAUCCUUGUAACUGCCUGGGAAUCCAGCGUUUUGCUGAUACACACUCACUAAAGACACUCUUCACCAAAUGCAGAAAUUUUGCACUGCAGACAUUUGAGGAUGUUUCUCAGCAUGAAGAAUUUCUCGAGCUUGGGAAAGAUGAGCUCAUUGAUUAUAUUUGUAGUGAUGAGUUGGUGAUCAGUAAAGAAGAGAUGGUUUUUGAAGCAGUUAUGCGCUGGGUUUACCGUGCUGUUGAUCUGAGAAGGCCAGUGUUACAGGAACUUCUAACACAUGUGAGACUCCCUUUAUUACAUCCUAACUAUUUUGUACAGACAGUGGAAGUGGAACAGCUGAUUCAGAAUUCUCCAGAGUGUUAUCAGCUGCUGCAUGAAGCAAGAAGAUACCACAUACUUGGAAAUGAAAUGAUGUCCCCAAGAACUAGACCACGCAGAUCAACUGGUUAUUCUGAGGUGAUAGUCAUUGUCGGAGGCUGUGAACGAGUUGGGGGGUUUAAUCUGCCAUACACUGAAUGCUACGAUCCUGUGACAGGAGAAUGGAAGUCACUGGCUAAGCUCCCAGAAUUUACCAAGUCUGAAUAUGCAGUGUGUGCUUUACGGAAUGAUAUUCUUGUUUCAGGUGGAAGAAUUAACAGCCGUGAUGUGUGGAUUUAUAACUCUCAGCUUAACAUUUGGAUCAGAGUUGCUUCCCUAAACAAAGGCAGAUGGCGUCAUAAAAUGGCUGUCCUUCUUGGUAAAGUGUAUGUAGUUGGAGGGUAUGAUGGGCAAAGUCGACUCAGCAGUGUAGAAUGUUACGAUUCAUUUUCCAAUCGAUGGACAGAGGUAGCUCCACUUAAAGAAGCAGUGAGUUCUCCAGCAAUAACCAGCUGUGUAGGCAAAUUGUUUGUGAUUGGUGGAGGUCCUGAUGACAACACGUGCUCUGACAAGGUUCAAUCAUAUGAUCCCGAUACUAAUUCUUGGUUGCUCCGUGCAACUAUCCCCAUUGCAAAGAGAUGCAUAACAGCUGUAUCUCUAAACAAUCUAAUCUAUGUCGCGGGAGGGCUCACCAAGGCAAUUUACUGCUAUGAUCCAGUUGAGGAUUAUUGGAUGCAUGUACAGAAUACAUUCAGCAGACAGGAAAAUUGUGGCAUGUCUGUGUGUAACGGCAAAAUCUAUAUCCUUGGUGGAAGACGAGAAAAUGGAGAAGCCACAGACACCAUUCUUUGUUAUGAUCCUGCAACAGGCAUCAUCACGGGAGUAGCAGCCAUGCCCAGGCCAGUAUCGUAUCAUGGCUGUGUGACUAUUCAUAGAUACAAUGAAAAAGGCUUUAAACUGUAAAGAAAGGAAAUCUUACGAAAGAAUGCAGUGCCUUGGUACAGGACAGAAUUUCAAAGAUUCAUAAAAUGGGAAACUGACUUUUCCUUCAGUGUCAUAUGAAACUAAAUAUCCAUGUGCCUUUUAAAACAAAAUGUUUUCAGUUAAUUAAAAGGUAAAAAAAAAAAUAUCUACAAACAUAUCCAGGACCCAUUCAGCCAUUUCUGGCAUGAUAGAAGUGAACUAAUAUUUACAUAGUUUUCCCCUUUUUUGUGAUCAGUAAUUAAAAUUUGGGAUGUUGUGUAGGUAGGAAUGUGCCUUCACAAAUAGCUGUGCCUAUAUUUUAAGGACUGAUGUCUGUAUUAUUUUUUCAGUUAUUUCAGAGUCUGUUAAUUGAAAAUAUUUAACCAAAUCGACCUACAAAAAAUGUGUUGGUUUAAAAGAGUGCAUAUCAUUCUGAUCAACAGGCAUGAUGCAGUGUUGUUGUAGCCAUGCUGGUCCCAGGAUAUUAGAGAGACAGAGUGGGUGAGGGCAAUAUCUUUUAUUGGGCCAACUUCUGUUGGUGAGAAAGACAAGCUUUUGAGAUUAUAUAGAGCUGAAGAAGAGUAGUGUGUAAGUUCAAAAGCUUGUCUCUCUCACCAGAAGAAGUUGGUCCAAUAGAAGAUAUUAUCUCACUCACCUUGUCAGAAUUAUGUUCUUUUAUCAGAAAAUUUCUUGGCUUACCAAAUAGACUUUUUCAUGAUCACCCACUACUAUAGAUUUUUUUAAAUGCAAUGCUUCAUAGGAAAUAAAUAUUAAAAUCUUUGAGAAAUAAUGUUCCUCUGUAAAUGGAUAGGGAAUAGAGUGGCAUCAUGGUUGUUCUCUGAGCUACUGCAAAAAGUUGCAGUAACUAUUGUUUUCAUAGUAACAGACCUUAGUGUUGCUAAUAAUUUAUUAUAAGUCGUACAAAUACUGGACUACAUGCAUAUGGAAAAAUAAUGACCCUUGCAGCAUAGGCACACUUCUGUGAAGCAGUUUUGUAUCCCAGUUCUGACCUCCUUGAGUUGUAGAGCUGAAGUCUGCUAGUUCCUGGUAUCAUUCUUUGCUAACUGCAAGGUACCUUUCAUCAUUCUACUGCAUGAAUAGACCCCUAGUCAAGGGGAUAUUCUAACUUCAUGAAUUCCACAGUGUAAACUCUGUGUUGAUAGAAAGAGCUAGGGACUACAGGCCUAACUCUGCUGUUUUAUAAAUUGAUCUUUGUGGUACCUCGUUAUGCGAAGUUCCAGGAUAUCUGCCAACUCUGUUUCUACAGAUUUCUUCAGACAAUCACCUUUUCCAGUGCUAUUGAGCUCCGAUAAACCCUGUAGGGGGCACGUGUGGACCUGAAAAUUUCCCCACAUCACCAGAACACUACCCAGGGACCCGUCCAUUUAACCAUGUGACUGUGUGAGGAGUAUAUUUUAACUUGUUUAGUUUUGAAGGCUUAGAGACUUCCAAAGUAUCCUCUGAAAUUUUGGCCCAUUGCUUUUCAAUGAAACUGAAAAUCUUGCUGAAGAUAUUCCUCCCAUUCCUGCUUAGAUCUCUAUAACAGAACUAUAUGUUUGUAUAGUUGGGGCACAAAUUCAUGAAACUGUACAUAGAGCUUUGGAGUUUGCAUGUGGAAGGGACGCUCGCUCCUUGCACCAAUUUCCCACCAGAAGGCAGGAAGUUACACCAUAUCCUCUAUCCCCAUGAAGUCUCUCCUUACUUUAAGAACAUAAGAAUGGCCAUACUGGGUCAGAACAAGGGUCCAUCCAGCCCAGCAUCCUGUCUGCUGACAGUGGCCAAUGCCAGGUGCCCCAGAGGGAGUGAACCUAACAGGCAAUGAUCAAGUGAUCUCUUUCCUGCCAUCCAUCUCCACCCUCUGACAAACAGAGACUAGGGACACCAUUCCCUUUGAACUCCCUUUAUGAGGAAUUCUGAGGAUAGCUGCCAGCCAGGAAAGCAGACAGUACUGGAGCAGAUGAACACAAAGGGCCUCUUCAAGGACAACCCUAAUCUCUAGCAGACCCAGGAGAUUUAUGGGUUCUGAACUCUUUGUUCAGUCUGUAGGGAAUAGGAACAAACCAAAUGUCCGGAACAUAAUCUGUUCUCCUUGGAAUUUCUUCUCCAUCUCCUUCCCACAAGUUUUCCCAUGAAAUAGGUAUUCUGGCUCUUGGCGUGGAAAUGACUCAUUUAGAGAGUCAUCAUUUUCAGUACUGAGUUACUGGUGACAUUAUAAAGGAGCACUGAGCAUUAACUGCGCAUUGUGCCUUUUCAUUUGUAACCUCAGGAAUGUAUGCAGAUACUGAGGUAACUAGUGAAUCAGUCCCUGAGUGUAUACACCCAGGUGGACCUAAAUUGGAAGAAAUGGAGUAGUGUAAGAAAAGUGAAUCAGAUAAAUUAAUCGUUUUCUGGAUUUCUUGGGUCCCUGUUCACCAAGCCAGACUUUGAAAAUAUAAUUCCAGCACCCGUGAAUAAGGUCCAUUGACAGCAAUGGUAGUUUCAAAGUAACUGUUUUGUAGUAACAUGGUAAAUAGUUUGUGCCAUCUUUGUAAGUGAAAACAUAAUUAUGGAAGGAACACCUGAUUAGAAAUAAGAUAUUAAGAUAGAUUUCCAUUUCCCCCAACUUCCUUCCUUUUUGUAUUAAGAUACUGACUGUUGAUUGUUAUAGUAAUCUGUUCUGAAAUGUUUUUUAUUUAGUAGAUAUAUUAUAAUGUUAUUUGUGUGGUGAUUACUUUUUAUUUGUGUUCAUAAGACUCUGUAAAUACAAACACAUUGUUUUCCUUGUGUCUGAAGAUUCAGUUUAGAAUGUUGUCUUUUCUAUGUUAACUGUUUACAUGUAUCUUAUUACUGUUACAUAUUAAUUUUGAAAGUAGCUGUUUACUAUACUAGUAAAUACAGACAUUUAGAUGUAGAAGAAACUUUUUUGCAUGCAGCUUUUUAGACCCUGUACCAGUAAUGGAAGAGUUAGUGUGUUGAGUAUAGCUAAAAUGGCAGAAGUAAUUUAUGCAGUAAUUCCUUUUUAAGUGAACAGUCAAUAUUUAAUAUUUUUGACUCAGUACAUAUAUAGUUGAAGUUAUCACCCAUUCUGUCAAAAUAAUAAUUUUUAAAAUGUAAAAGAAAACUACUUGUUAUUGAAAAUCUAACAUGUUCUGGAGGGAUCUAUUAUAUAUGGAGCCACUUUCUUGGGUCACUUGUUCUCCAAGACAUUUCAGUUAGGGACAGAUGGAUUCAAAGAUUCACCAUCAUGCAAACCCAUUUGAUUGGAUCUUACGUGCCCUGAUGGACACACAAAAAAAUCUACUUGCAUUCCUUGAGAGAAGAUACAGAAGUACCUUUCAGUAUAAUCAAAAGAUCUUCAUGAUGAAAAGUCACAACUUGUGCUAGCUCCCAGGGAAUGAGAUCUUCUCAAGGAUAUAAUUUCAAAAUAGCUAUGUUUGGGAAGCAGGGCAAAAUCUUUUCUAGCUAUUCCACCCAUUUAAAAACUCACUGUGAAGUGUUUAUUUAAUAUUUAGCUAACAGAGAAAAGUAAUUUCCUUAAAUCUCAUAGCUUUAAAAGAAGCUAGAUUAAAUGUUUUCCUUCUGAGUUUUGAUGUUCAUGAGCUUUGUCACUCCACUUUUCGGAAUCUUGGCAUUGACUGAAAAGAACAUUGGUACUUAAUUGCAACUUGAUUUAAUUUAAGUAGUGCAUCCUAGGGAGGUCUACAACCUUUUGCUUUUAAACACAGCAUGCAUGACAUCAGUUUUAUAGUCAUCAGCACGUUGUGUUUCCUAGAGUCUAGUAGUUACUCAUUUUCUGGUCAGGUCGCUCAUACCCCGUAUGCCUUCAGAGUAGGCUGAACUUGUGGGACCUCUUCCAUUUGUACCAUUGGAUAGUUCAUCUUGCAGUGUGUGCAUCCUAUAUGAUCCAAGGAUUAAGCACUGUGUUUUCUCUCCUAACAGUGGAAGUUCAACAUAUUACUGAUUUUUCCUCAUUCACUAAUACAACAGCAUUAAAAAUUGUUUUGAUAUUCUUACUCCAUGGUGCACAGAUACCUUUAAUUCAGGAGAUGUUGAUAUGGACUCCUCCUAUAUUAAUUCACCCAGAAUUUUUAUAGGAUUUUCAACACUCUGUAAGCUUCAGGGAAAGGAUGAUGAUGGAGGAAAAGGAAGUGUUCAUCUUCACAGAGGAGAAGUUCAAAGAGGAAACUUUGGACAUCUGUGCUUUAAAGCAGGAGACACUGGUGAUUGUUAGCUAUUCUCUAGAAGACAGACUGAGUUCACUGCCUUAUCUUGUGUGAUUAGUCAGGUUAUCCUGCUUAAAUUGAUAAGGUGCCAGGACACAAGAUGAGAAAUAAUCAAUUUCUUACUAUUUAAGACUCUUCUCCUCCUCCACAAUGUGUUGAUGGUGCACUGGACCUUCAUUGUUCCCUACCAUAAAGGGGAGAUGAUGGAGUUAUAAACUAAUUCUCAUUCCAGUUCAGAAGAAAAUUAAUAGAAAGAAUCUGAAUAGAUGGGUAGGAGAGGUAACAGAUAAAUUCCAGUGCAUUCAUUUGAUAGUUGAGGUUGCUGUAACCAGGACUUUCUAGACACUCUUACUGUUCAUGAUCUCAGAUAUUGACUCAUUUAACAAAACAACAUCAUGUUUGGCAACUUGUUGUCUUCAGCUUCAGAGAAAAAGAUGCACAUGUUGAUAUGCUUGUGGUCCUUUUAGUGAUGAAGCUCAGGAGGGUUCAGUUUUCGUACUUGCUCAAUUUGGACAAUGUUUUCUUUACUGUUGGUAAUAGGUAAUAAGGUAAUAACUGGAGAUAUACCAAUCUCCUAGAACUGGAAGGGACCUUGAAAGGUCAUCUAGUCCAGCCCCCUGCCUUCACUAGCAGGACCAAUUUUUGCCCCAGAUCCUUAAGUGGCCUCCUCAAGGAUUGAACUUACAACCCUGGGUUUAGCAGGCCAAUGCUUAAACCACUGAGCUAUCCCUCCCUCCCCAAUUGAAUCACCAAUUCAAGCAGAUUAUAAAACUUGCUAGACUUUUGGCCUGGUCUACACUGGGUUGUGGGGGUGGGGGUCGAUGUAAGAUACGCAACUUCAGCUACGAGAAUAGCGUAGCUGAAGUUGACGUAUCUUAUUUCGACUUACCUCCCGUCCUCACAGUGUGAAAUCGACGGCCAUGGCUCAUCUGUCGACUCCGCUUCCGCCUCUCGCCCUGGUGGAGUUCCGGAGUUGACGGGGAGCACCUUCGGGGAUUGAUUUAUCGAUUCUAGGCGAGACGCGAUAAAUCGAUCCCUGAUAGAUCGAUCGCUACCCGCUGAUCCGGCAGGUAGUGUGGACAUACCCUUUGUCACUCAGAAGCAAGGCAGAUGUUUUCAUUUGAACUUAUUCUUUUGCACAUGAGAAGGUACAAAUUAAAUUUGUUGGUGUGCCUGAUUAAAAAGUCUCUGUCCUAAGUACUGAAAGAGAAUCUGUUAGGCAAGGUAUAAUUUCAGGUAGAAGUUUGAUAUCUGGCAUGGAGCCAAAUAAUUAUAUUCACAUAUCUUGCAUACAAGUGUUUUGUUGUUGUUGUUUUUACAUAGUCUAGCCUUCAGGUAGCCUCAGUAAAAAUCCCCUGCAAUCUUAGCUUUUUCUGAAUGUCCAGAUUCAAUCAAUACUAUUGCAAAAAUAGAAGCCAGCCUUCCACUGUCCCUCCAGGCCAGAUCUGUCAGUCACGAGUUCUCAAGGCACUGACAACACAUGGCAGCAGUUUUUCAUAACUGAUGUUAUGUACAAGAGUCCAGGUAACUUAGAAGUGUGUAUCCAUAGAUAACAUUGCCUGAGAGUUUUAUUUACAGGAAAUUCUCCUCUUUAUCAUAUCAUAAUGCUUCAGUCAAUAUUUUUAAUUAUUUGUGUGUAUGUAUUAUGUGUGUGUGAUUAGAUUUUCUGAUCAUUUUAUGAUAGUGCUUAUGAUGAUCUUUUACAAAAAUGAUAAAUAGGUAAAGUCACUGUGUGCUGCAUGUAGAUUGCUGUACUUAAGUGAUGGUGGCAGAUAUGUAAUUGCAGCUUCUUUUGUACCACUGGUUCCAAAGAAAAGAAUGUGUUUAAAGUUGCCAAAAUAUGUGUGCCUUGAACUCACUAAUAUUUCAUCUACUUUCAGUAUGAGCUUGUAUUGUUCCUCCCGAAUAUUUUGUGAAGGUCAGUUUUACUGCCCAGAACAGUAAUGUCUUUGUCAAUGACAGUAAUCUCUACAUUCAUUUAUUUAAAGCACAAUUAAAUCAAUUUAUGCAGAAUAUGUAAAUUUUGGGUUUUUUUAAAGUGAUGGGGGAUUUAAUUGUUGGGGGGAUGUAAUAGGGUGCUUUUUCCAUUCUCUAUUUUCUGUUUCCAGAACUCCCACUGUGACAAAGGAGAGUAAUGUUGCUGGUUUUAGCCAACUGUCCUUAAUGUGUACAGUGCAUUUUUUGUUAGUAUCUUAGUUCAGGACUUGGCUGAAAUUUCUGUCAGAAAUAUCUUGUUUAGGACAACACAUUUCCCGCUCCGUCCCCUUCCCUCCCCCUCCCACCCCGAAGUAUGUAAUAUGAAGCAACUGUAUAAUGCAACCUGGCAAUAAGUGAGACUAAGAGACUUGAAUACAAUGUAUUGGUAUUCAUUUCAUAUGAGUGAGCACAUGACACAAGUGUCUAUUCUCCUUUCAGUGCACACCCACAUCAUAACUUUGAGUCAUAUUAAUAGGCGUUACCUCUCCAGCGAAAGAGAAUACACCCACUAAACAACAGAUAUACUUUCCUCACCUGGGGUUAUGUUUUGUGUUUUCCUUUUUGGAAGCAGUUCAUUGAUGUUGUUGGGUUUUGUGUGUGUGUGUGGGGUGGGGGGUGUUGGCCAGUUUCCUUAUGUACAAAACAUUAAAACAUUUUGUUCCACCAAGAGCUAAUGUCAUUUUCAGGAACAAAUUGGUACAGCACAAAUCAGAUCUGAACAAAAGUGAAGACCACUUAACAUGUACCAGAAUCAGCUGAAUAUUACCUUGCACAAAGCCAGUUUUAGAGAUCUUCACUUUAUGUUGGCUGUGGAAAAAGAUGCCUUUUUGUAAUGUAGCACAGAAUUUCAAUAACAUGUUAUGUACUUGUUAUAUUUAAAUGUAUUUCUUGCAUAAUUCUUUUUUAAAAAAAUUAAGGUCAGUGUAUCUAAUAAACAUUUGUCUUUUGAAUAUUG